GAGCCGGUUUUGGUGAUUUAGGAUUCGCUGUGAAAAGAGUUUCCGGUGGUUCAUAGCCGGGUUCCUUUUUCUCGUCCCGCCGAUUAAAAAAAAUCGCGAACCCUAGCUUUACCCUUUUCGUCCUAUCCCUUUCAAUUUCCCCCUUUUCGAGCUAGAUUCUUGUUCAAUCCGUCUUUUCGAUUUGCGAAUCAACUCUCUCUUCGAUCAAUUAUCCUUCCCUCUCGAUUAAUUUCUCUUCUCCUCUCUCGCCGUUCGUUAAUCCGAUUAGGGUUAGGAUUUCGAAAAUUUCCUGCCUUUACCCCCAUCCCGAGUCGACCGCUAGCCUCAAUAAGAUCUUCGCUCUCUCUUUUUCUGUUUGCCUCGUUCGAUCGAUUGCAAUUUGUAGAUUGUUUCGGUCGUUUUGGUUUCUAGGGUUUCGGCUUUCCGAAUUCGUUUCCUCCCCUUCGAUCUGUAGAUCUAUUGGGAAAAUAGGUAUAUUCGCUGUUCAAUAACCGUCCAAUGCUCUGCUCGCUCUUAAUUUUGGGGAUUUCGUCGAAGUUUUGAGGUUUUAGGGUUCGAGUUUCAGACAAACCCUAUCUCUUUGUUGGCAGAAUCGGCUGGCGGGAACGUAGGCUUUCAUCGUGAAAUCUCACUCGCUUCCUUGAUUGCUUUUAAUCUGGUCUGUUUUCUCUUAGAAUUUUGGGAUCUAGGCGUUGAUUUUGAUUCUACGAUCUUCUCGAUUUCUUUUCGCGUCCACUCCCAAAUUUUUUAUUGGAAGACCGUUUCGAGGUCAAACAUGGUAUACAAAAGGCCUUUCGGUGAUGAAGAGUCGUGCGAACUUGCUUGUAAGCACCCCAGGCAGCUGGAAUAUAGUAAUCAACUGGCUUCGUUUGCAGAUAUAACUUCUUAUAAUGACAUGCCUCAAAAUCCUCUAAGUUUGGUUGGUGAGAGUGAUUGCAGUAAGGGCCAAUGUGAUGAAAGGCUUGAAAGUGGCACUAUCACCGAACUCUCAAUCGGGGCUGGCAAGGAUUUGGAGAUAACUGCCCCCGUUGGCAUUUCCAGCUUGUCAUGGGCCACCAGCAGUACUAGUGAAGAAGAUUCCAGGUCUGAGGCAACAGAUAGAGUACCUUUCUUCCCUGGUUACUAUGAACCUGAUUACCCAGCUACGGUAUUAGCUCAGUCUGAGGAGAUCUAUUCAUCCCCUUUGGAUUAUCAUCCUCGAAAACUUGUUGCAGUCGGACCUGAUCAUCAAGCGAAUGUUCCAGCAUGGGGCUUCCAGGAUACCCACUGUUUUGGUGCUGAAGUCAUGGUUCCAGAGACUACUGAUGAUAAGCUAAUGGGGACUUGUAUAAUUCCAAUGCCUGACUUGGAACAGUCCGUGUACAGCAGUGACAAUUUUGGUUGUGGUAGAACUAUUUGUAGCUGUCCAGAUGGGGGUUCAAUCAGAUGUGUAAAACAACACAUCAUGGAAACAAGAGAAAAGCUCAGGGAAACCCUUGGGCAAGAGAAGUUUGCGGAGUUGGGGUUCUGUGAUAUGGGAGAGGAGGUGGCAAGGAAUUGGAAUGAAGAGGAAGAACAGUCAUUUCACGAGGUUGUCUUCUCCAAUCCUGCAUCAUUGGGUAAGAACUUCUGGGACCAUCUCUCGGUGGUCUUUCCUUCCCGAACAAAGAGUGAACUCGUCAGUUAUUACUUUAAUGUCUUUAUGCUCCGGAGACGAGCUGAACAGAACAGAGUUGAUCCGAUGAACAUUGACAGUGACAAUGAUGAAUGGCAUGGAAACUAUGAUGGUGACGAGGAGUUUGGGAUGACAGAGGAAGAUGAGGACUCAGUAGUGGAGUCUCCUGUUGGUCAAGACGAUCCUUCUUAUAACCAGGAGGUCCCUGAAGAGGAUUUCCAUGAGGAUGAUGAAGAUGGAGAUGAAAUUUGUGAACACAACGACGACAGUGAUUUGGAGAACGAUAGAGAUGCUACUGGUGAAGAGGAUGAAGUUUCGGAGGCAUGUAUUGGGAAAUCAUUUGGUGAUUGUAGCUUUGAUGAUGCAGCUAAUCUUGUGUCAACAAAUCCACAGUUGGGUAGGGUGGAUCAUGAUGUUCAAGAUGACUCAUGCACGUCAUAUGAGUGUCAGACCAAUGCGGUCAGCUCAUGUGGUCCAGUUGAUCCAGCAGGAGCUGUGCUGCAAGGUAGUCGACUUGAGAGAGGUAAUGGUAAACACUUGGAGAGCACUCUACCUUGGGGUGAUGGGUAUGUCAUUGGUCCAAAGAAAGAUGUUGAACUCUUGCCAAUGUGUAAUAUGAUUGAAGAGGAAGCUUGGAAUAACAAGGAGAGGGAUGACAAAAGGAUCAGCUAAUCUAAGUGCAAAAGUGUUUUUUUCCCCUUUCUUGCCAUCUUUUUAUCUUGCAUCGGAGGCAGCCUUUGGUAAAAUACCAAGCAUGCAUCUAGUUUUGGAAAUUCUUUGAAUCCAAUUUUCCCUUGUACAUUCAUAUGGUGGAAGAGGGGAAGCACUCUACCUUCCCUUCACUGUAAAAUAGUGUUUUAGGUGGUGGUUAGAUUUGCACGAGUGUGUGUGUGUUGGAGUUGAGGGUGCUCUCAUGAGAUCUAACUGCUAUUUGUGAUUUGUGCAAAACCCCUGUUUGACUCUUGCUUGGGAGGGGAUGAUGCAUUGAUCCAUGUUAUUAACCGAUGGAGGGGCGUGGGUGUUUAAAUUAAAGGGGUAUUAACUUUUGACUUUCAUGUGUCCUGUGUAAGGAAGUUUAUUAUACAAAGUCCACCUGUUCUAUUCUUUAAAA